GCCCGGCAAUUUCAAAUCCAAGGGGUUCAUCUAGCCCCAUCUUCUUUCGAGGCUUCUCUCCGGUUUGUCGGAGGCCUCGUCGCCGUCCGAUGGCCUGUGCAGCCUGCCUGACCCGAUCUGGUCGGGGCUCACGCACUCUGUUCUGACCUGUGUCGUAGUUUGUGCACAUGCGAGCGUGAUUUGCUGAUCAGAUCGAUCACAGUAGUCGUGGAUUGGUAUUGACGUUGAUUGGUGUUGUGAAGACGUGGCGGCCGUUCCUGUGAAGUAUUGGUUGACGUGGCGAUCGGUCCGUGUUGGAUUAUCUAACGGUCAUCGUGAUUUCAUACCGACGGCGGGCCUUUCAGACAGACAGGCUGGUAGCCACCGUCUUACAUUUUGUAGGCGGUUCGGUAAUUGGUUGGUUGAUUGGUCGAUUGAUUGCGCAAUCAACGACGGCGUAUCGGAUCGAGAAGCACUGCAGUAACUCGUGUACUCGAUUGAUUGUUCGAUUUUUGAUUGAUCGGUCAAUUCACUGCAGUGAUUGGUGGAGUCGAUUGAUCGAUUGGUCGGUCGACGUUGACUGAUUGAUUGGUCGCGCAUCAGCAGACUCAAGUAAUCAAUCAAUCAAUCAAUUCGUUGAGCGGCGAGGAGUUCAGCAGAAGGAGCGGUGAUUGGAUCAGAACACAUCGGAUUGGCGCUAUCGUAUCGGAUCAAAUCCUUUCCCAGCAAAGAUAUCCAUCGACAUCCAUCGACAAUCUGACGUGGCGUUUGCAAAUUAGGCAGCGGCCAUGCGCUUGGAAAAGUGCUGGUUUUGUUCUUCCACUGUAUAUCCCGGGCACGGGAUCGUAUUCGUGAGGAACGAUGCCAAGAUAUUCCGAUUCUGCCGAUCAAAAUGUCACAAGAAUUUCAAGUUGAAGAGGAACCCGAGGAAGGUCCGGUGGACAAAGGCAUACAGGAAGACUCAUGGAAAGGACCUUGCAGUGGAUGCAACCUUUGAUCUUGAGAGAAAGAGGAACAGGCCUGUGCGGUACGACAGGAAUGUCAUUGUGGACACGUUGAAGGCGAUCAGGAGAAUCGACGAGAUCAGGACGAGACGUGAGGCUAAAUUCUAUGAAGCAAGGAUGAAGGGAAAGAAGAAGAUGGACAAGAAGGCGGCGGCCAUCGAGCUCAAGCAAGGAAUUCACCUCGUCAAGGCGCCGAUAGCAAUGUUGGCGGACCCAAGCCUCACACUGCCGAAGACGGCGACAAAGGUGAAGGUGACGGUCACGGAGGAACAAACAGAAGCUAUGGAGUCGUGAGCAUCCGCUAUGCGCUCCGGAAGAUGACGGCAAACUGCUCAGGUGAUUGGCAAUUUUUCUAUCUGGUAUAUGUCAGGACAUUUUGGUGUCCUUAUCCCCCUACCAUCCCCUGUUCUCCGUUCUACCUCGUGCCACCAAUUGGGAGAAGUGGGUGGUUCUUGUGCGCUAUGCUGGGGCGGGGUAGCUGCGUCCACUUCCGUUGAAAAAGCAGCUGGCUGACCAAGCUAAUGCUGUGGCCGAGUGACGGCGGGCGGAAAAGCAACUGGGUAAGUGUGUACGGCACUGCGGAGAGACGGCUGGUUCUUCUCGUCUGCUGUGACGGGAAAAGUCGGGUUCCCGAGAGUAGUCGUCGCGCAGGAGGAGGCUUGUUUACUCCUGAAACACCCGCCUUCCAUGCGAAGUUCGUUGUACUUUGCGAUUUCGAGAACGAGCUCAUCGCUUGUUGAAGUGCUAUCUCCUCGGCAGGUCCUGGAGCAGCAGCAGCGCUUACACACAUCUGGUUGGUGUAGAUGGGUAUUCCAGCUGCCAGUUCGCCGCAAAAUUUUGUCCGUUUUAGAUCCAGAAUGUAAACCAGCUGGUCCCUGUCAACGGUCCCUCUUCAUUCUCUCGGGCCAAGACUUGGUGGCGUAGCGCUCGUCGUCUUACUGGAUGUGAUCCAGAUUCCAUCCUCAGCUGUUUGUUUCAACACAAACAAACCAAAAGGUUCAGAAUUCUGUAGAGUACAAGUUGUUGUCCUAAUUGUAAUUUCUCCUUUCCUAAAGUCUCUCCUGAUUGACAAUGAUUGCUUUGAGGAUUUGGUGCGAUCGACUCUUGUCCACCCUACGCCCUCCUUUGUGUGUCCGGUUAAAAAAGACCUGUCCAUGCUGCCUGCGGCGACGAAAAAGACCUGUUGCGGAUGCGGUGGUCGUGGGGUUCGGCGGUGGUUGGUGUGGUGUACUUCUCCCUCCCUGUCGCAUGGCGGAGUCAAAACUGCCAUGGCACCGACCUAAACAUCCCACCAGCAAAAUUGUAUCGUUUGCCUGCUUUGGCUUUUUUUUUUACUGAGUUCAACCUGCUUCUGUGCUUAUGUAGUAUCACGUCCUCUUAUGCUGUUCGGCCGUCUGUUUGCUUGCUUGUUUCCUUCUCACGCGCAUUGCUUUUUAAUUUUUCUGGACCGUUUCUUGUAUUCCUUGCAGAGUGCCGUUUGGUCGGCUGAAGUUUACCGAGCUGGAGCUGGUUGCGCUUGUUUGACUUGCAGUGUAGGUCUACAGCUUGUUUGACUUGCUGGGGUUGUUUGACUGAUGACAUGUUUCUUUGACUUCGUCGAAUGUCACAUCUUGCUUUGAG